AUGGCGACUGGCUUCUCUCCUGCGCCGCGGAAAGAAGGCACAUGGACGAAGCUGGUGAUAUUCAUUGCGAUCUACUGCUUGAUUUUUUGCUCGCUGUUGCAGCUGGUCCUGGUCUUCAUCCUAUAUGGCAAUCACCAGGUCGAUUCAAAGAUGACGCCCAGUCUGGUGUUAUCUUUAGUCUCGUCCGUUCUAUCGAUUCCGUUAAUCUCGCUACAGAGCCUGGUUGCAUGGCAAUACAAUAAGAUCGGAGGCUUUGGGCAAAAGAAAACCGUUCUUCAUAACUGCUGCACAUAUGUCUUGCGCAUAGAUCUUAUGAUGUGGCUGGCGGCAAGUGUAUCCGGCCUGAUCGUCGCUGCACAGCAAGUCUACUGCCUGCCUUCGGGGACCCAUGAACCCUUCUGGAGGGUGGGUGUAAGCUGUGCAUUUCAUCGCUCCACCGUCAUCGUAUCAGUCGUCUCACUGGUUGUUGUUUGUACAAUGUACUGCGCAAGAGAAAUGUGCGACCGACCAUAUGACGUUUCAAUCAUCGGAAUCUAUCGACGUCCACAGGCACUCAGGAACGGCAGCAUCCUCUCUGGCAACAGCUGGGAUAGCGAUGAAACACUCAAGAACGAGAUCUUAAACCUCUGCCGACAACAUGACGGCAAAGCCAAUGGAGAGCCAUGGUUUGUAGACCCAUUGAUUAACAAAGUCAACUGCCAUCCGAGUAUUCGACGUCCAGCUCCCGUUCGAGUACGCCCACAGCUCCGAGUAAACACCGAUCCUGGGUCUGAAUGUGGCGAGAUCAGGUCAGGCGUUUCGCUAUCUCCGGAUGAACAUCCUUAUGUCUCUCCUGGGGCGCAAACCCUGAUGCGACUUCUUCCCUAUCUCUCGGACAUCAACCGUGUGCCAAAGGUGCCAGCGAUUCCCGAGCAGUUCACAGCCCACAAACGCCAGAAAUCCUCCCUUUCUUCCUUGAAGCGGUUUUUACCCAAAUCCCUGGCCUCAAUCCCUCUGUCCUCGGAUCCGCAAAUUCGAGCUCUCGCAGACCCGGACGCUGCUUCUGAUCCUGAGAAGCAAGUAGCUCCCUUGUCUGUCCAGAAGGGCCCUCUUGAGAACACCGAAGCUCCGGCCCACGAAACCUCUCCCUCGCCAGACACCGCGUCAGCAAAGGAUAGCAACGACAAGACUGCUACAAAGCAAGAAGGUCAUGCCAGAACCAUGACCAUGAACUCUGCCGACGCACCAGAAGUUGUCACAGCGCCGGAGCCUGCCAAAGUGCGCCGUUCCCAGACCGCAGACCCAGUCCCUGCUGCCCGUUCGAUGCACCACCCACACCACCCAAACUAUACGCCUGGCGCACCAACUCCACGCACAUACUCCUUCGCCUGCCGCCAGAACACCGUCCUGCACACCGAUCCCUCUCGCCGAACCACCACACCUCGUCAACCGAACGCCAUGCCCUAUCCGGUCCGCAGUACAACCUACCAGUUCGAACAACCCAAGCCACGGCACACCCAGAGCCAGUAUCACUCGCAGUACUAUCUACCUCCCCCACGCUGGGCAAGUCUUCACACCUUCGACCCCAAAUACGGUGGUGCCGCUGCAGCGGCUGCCCGCCGAAGCGACGUGGAGGUCAUCUACCCCAGCACGCGUCGCGCAAGGAGCAGCACGCACGGUGGCCUUAGUGGCCCGCUGAGCUGUAUCAUGGAAUCGUCGACGCCUCGCGCCUCGGUGGACGAGACUCAACUAGCUGCCAUCACUGCGCAUAGCUCCACACCUAAUAUCAUCGAUUCGUCGACCUACCGUGGUGCCAAUCGCACCAGUUUGGGCUUCUAUUAG